AUGUCCACUUUGUUUCCCUCACUCUUCCUUUGUGGGACUGAGACACUGUGGUUUAAUCUGGAUCAACCUUGUAUGGAAGAGACAGAGCUGCAGCAGCAGGAACAGCAGCAUCAGACCUGGCUCGAAAGCAUCACAGAGAAAGACAACAAUCUGGUUCCUAUUGGCAAGCCAGCCUCAGAGCACUAUGAUGAUGAGGAAGAGGAGGAUGAUGAAGACAAUGAGGAUAGUGAAGAGGACCUAGAGGAUGAUGAGGACAUGCAGGACAUGGACAAGAUGAAUGACUACAAUGGGUCACCUGAUGACGGAGGGGUCAAUGAGGUGGACAUGGAAGGCAACGAACAGGAUGAGGACCAGUGAAUGAUCUAGGUAGACAAGGCAGGGUGCCCUCAGGGAGAUUCCAGGCCAGCCCAACCUACCCUGCAUCCAAACCCCCAACCCUUGCCCA